CCGUGUUUUUGGGUAAUUACCACAAUACCCUUCCCCUUUUUGGGGCACCACAACGAGAAAUAAAAAUGUCUCCGCCAGCGCAUUUUGAACCCUCAUCCUCUGGGUCAAACGCAAUUUUGGCCUGACGUUUUAGCCAGUUGGGCUGCCGGCCCAUCACGCAUUUAUAUGGUAAUCCCAUUUAGUUUUAUUUGUUUUAAAUCCUUAAUACGAAAUGUAGAAUGCGUAUUAAGUUUAUCUCGUUUUUUAAUACGCCAAAAUACUUCCUAAUAGCUAAAAUACUUGCAUUUAUUGUCAUAACCUCAUAAUAAUCUAAAUGAAUUUUUAUUAACAAAAUUAUCAUACGAAAAUCACGAUCAAUGGAACGUGAUUACAAUUAAAUUAUCAAAGUUCGAACGAACUACGUGGACUUUGAUCCCGUCUAACGGGUACGUAGGCAACCGAUAAGGUUCGAGUCCAACUAACCAAUUAAUUCCAUUUUUAAUUUUUACGUCAGUGGACGUACAAUUAAAUUAUAAUUAAUACGAUUUAAUAUUUUUAAUGGUCCAUUGGGACCCUAAAUUUACUAAAUUAUUAAUAAAAAUACACCUAACUCAUAAAAACUUAUCGACUUAAGUAGUACCGAUUUAUUGCGUUGUGGGGUGUGAUUUCACUUCCCCACACGUAACCGUACUCCCGAACCCAUAUCUCUUAACCGCAGACCAUAUCUCGGUUCCGACCCUAAGGUUAGAGCCGAUCCAAAGAGUGUUCGAUCCACUCCAACUAAGAUCGAUGGCGACUCCCAAAAAUGCCGACGCGACGACAUACGGACCCCUGGACGGGACGGUUGCGACAGUUGGCGACUCCGCUGGGGACCUCGAGAGUCGAGCUACAUAACUAAGUUCGAUAAGUUUUAUAAUUUUCUAUUACGUGUUGGGUGUUUACUUUCUUAUUUGCACAAUUAUAUUUUCGCAAUUUAAUUCUGCAUUCAUGCACAAAAGCUCUAUACCCGAGCUAUCCUAUUACAAUCGGAAAAGGAGUACCGUGACUUUCACAGUAGUGGAAAUCACGCAAAACUUUCCAACCAAGUUGAACUCAGAUCCGAGGUGGAUCUUGAGGUAUCCAGCUAGUUCGUAAGGGCUAUGGCAGGAUACAACUUGGGAGCCAAAUCCCUAGGAAUUCCUCUACCAGCAUAUAGUAAGCAUAGAGGCCUACCUAAACCGUCCAAAAUAAUCCUGAAACAACCCUAGCACCGCGUCAUUAUGCCCUCUGAAACCCCUAGGUUUUCCCAAAUAGGGUUAUGUUUUUAUUACCUAUAUGUAUGUUUUGUACUAACGUGAUAACUUGUGAUAUGUUCUCCCAAUCGCAAUAUAUUUAUUUGUGAGAACAAUGUGAAUUUUCUUUUCUUCUUUGAAAAAAAUAAACUCAUAAGCAUCAUUCUCUUUUUGUAUUUUCAUUUAUGCAUUUAAAAUAAAUCAUAAUAACAUUUUCAAAGUGCACGUGCAUCCAAUGAAUCAUAUGUGCAUCUGUGCAUCGCAUAAGCAUAAUACAUACUCUCCAUUACUCAUUCAAGUCAAUUUAAUAAAAUUAAUUGGUCAAGGUUCCUUAAAAUUGCUCGUCCACAAGGAAAAAGUCAAGACUUCAAGUACUUAACAAGAUCUAAGCUCGAGCUAGUCAUGGAGGCAUUUCAAAAAGAGUUGAACGACAUCAAAGGAAAGCUGACAGGGUUUGAUGAGAAGUUAGUGGGGUUCGAUGAGAAACUAACUGGUUUCGAUGAGAUGAAAAGCCAGCUCAACACAAUAUUGAGCAUAUUGUCAAGAAAGGGAAAGGAGGUUGCAACGAAUGAGGAAGAAAUCGUAUUUGACGACGACGAUCACUAUGAGCAACCUCAGGGAAACGUCUCGGGUAGUAAAUUCAUCCUCAUACCUUCAAAGAACACAGGCGACAAAGGUGACAUUGGGUCAUCAAAGCAUGACAAAUCCGGAGAACCCGAGAAGCAAGAGGAACAUAAAAUCGAAGCUAUGCUAGAAGAAAAAUUAGAACACAUGAAUGAACGAAUAAGAAGCAUAGAAGGAGUUGAGUCAUACGAGCCUAUGGAUGCAUCAAAACUAUGUCUAGUCCCAGAUGUCGUGAUUCCUCACAAAUUUCAAAUGCCAGAAUUCGAAAUAUACAAUGGCACCACUUGCCCAAAAAGCCAUCUGGUCAUGUACUGCAACAAAAUGGCCAACCAUAUCCGAGAUGAAAGGCUAAUGGUACAUUGCUUCCAAAACAGCCUGAGUGGUUCUGCCCUACGAUGGUAUAUGCAACUAGAGAAAACAAAAGUAAGAAGAUGGCAAGACCUAGCCGAUGCAUUCAUGAGGCAUUACAAGCAUAACCAAGAUCUAGCUCCAGACCGAGAAGAUCUGAGGAAUAUGGAAAAGAAUGAGAAAGAGUCUUUCAGGGAAUAUGCUCAAAGGUGGAGAGAGAAAGCUGCAGACGUUCAACCUCCUCUGUCAGAAAAAGAGAUGGUGUCAAUCUUCUUCGGAACGCUAAGGGCUCCAUACUACAACAACAUGGUCGGAAUUACCACAACCAACUUUGCGGAUCUGCUUGUAAUCGGAGAGCGAAUAGAAAAGGGUUUGAAGCAAGGUCGGAUGGAAACCCCAGAAGCCUCUAAGAAACCACACCAAGCCCGAAGAGGAGAAGUAGAUGUCCAUUAUGCUCAAGCAGAAUCAUCCAGAGGAAGAAGGUGGGAUCAUCAACCUCAAGCCAAUCAAGCCCAUCCAUGUGUUGCAAAUGCUGCAAUAAUUAAUCAACGUCCAAAUUUUCCUACUCAACGAGCCAUCCAGAGCCCGACACGAGUCGCACCACCACCAAAUAACCAAAACCAGAAUAAUUAUGAGAGGUUCAGGAAACCCAUCCAAAUCGAUCCUAUCCCUAUCACAUACACUGAACUUUUCCCUCAGCUGAUUCAAAGUAACCUAAUCUCCCCAAUACCAUGUGAACCUAUGAAACCUCCUUAUCUAAAUUGGUACAAAACAGACCAACAUUGUGCUUACCACUCGGGAGUAGCGGGACACUCGACUGAGGAUUGCAGAUCGCUCAAGAUCAAGGUCCAACAAAUGAUGAAUAUUGGCUGGUUAAAGUUCGAAGAUGAGCCAAAGCGUCCGGAUGUCAACAAUAACCCACUGCCAACUCAUGGGAAUUAGUAGACAUACUACAAGGCAAAUCUCGAUUUAAGGAUGAUGUUGAUCCUAUCUAGUAAAUAAAAUAUCGAGAUAAUUUGCCAUAGCAAAAUAUGUAUCACGUUUGCUUUUAUCAUCAUAAAUAAAAGGUCUCUCACGUUUCGACUCUUUGGAGCAUUGUGUGACCACUAUCAAUCUAAAUUUAAGAGUUCGCAUCAAUGAUUUUUCAUUAUCAAAAUAACGAAUGCCACUUCAUAAUCUUUUUUUUUUAACAUAUUCAUUUUCUCAAAAAUGAAAGCCAUCAAAAUCCAGUUUUAUUUUUGAGCUAAGCCAUGAGAUUUUCAUGCCAAGAAAAUGUGAUCACCCCACUAGUGUUGAGAUUCGGGACACCCCACUGGUGUCGAGCAAUUAUUAAACAUCAUGCUACUAUCGAUAUUUUGAGCACCCACUAGCGAUUGAGAGUGUGGGCAAUUUGCUAAAAUCGAGAGAUAGACACCCUACUGGUAACCAUGAAUUACGUGAGUUAAUAGUCAAAAGGUGUGAUGAGUAUACGACAUCAUGCUACUUGUAGAAUCUCGUCACCACUAUAGUCGCCUUUCGCCAACAAAUUGACUCAGAUAACAUGAAGUCAAAUAGCCAAAUCCUGAUGCACAGGGAGCCAUAACAUUACUAUCACAACAAGAAACGCCUCACAGAGUCUCGUGACUAAAGGAUUGAGGAAGAUCAAGGAUAUAAUUUAUCGUGCUAAGGAAUCACACACAGGAAGCACUCAUAUACUAGGUACAAGAGCUUACAUCCUUACAGGCAGAAAACAUCCAUUAAACUCACACGUCAAAGUUUGAUUGUGAGAUAUUUACGCAAUACCGGCUAGCACACGGUGUCAACAUCCACGCUUUACCAAAAAGAAUGGCAAAUUUAAUCUAGUUAUUGAGAAGUGGCACUCACAUCAUCGAUCAUCAAGAAGACUCUCUACCUUUCGAUAAUCGUCCUACCAAAUACAUGUGUUAGAUUUAGGAAAAUGUGAAACGUAUAUGGGGGCAUGACAGAGUCAAGCAAGUCCCAUACAAAAAAAAAAGCAAAGAAAAAAGGACAAAAGAAAAACAAACAAAAUGUCGUGGGACUUACAAUCUAGGUACCCCCGGUUUAGCAUUUGAAGUACCAACUAUCGGUACCAAGCCAAGAUCUUUGCCAACCAACCUCAAGAUACAGCAAUGAGGACCUUCAAGCAAGAAACUUCCAUGAUAAGAAACCCGUCAUAGCCAAAACCACAUCAUCCAAGGUACUCAUCAUUUUGAGAGAAAGCCAGAAGCUAAAAAUCCACAGCAUUCAACAUUUAGAGGCCAAAAAAGGAUCUCGAGAAGUCCCUAGCCAUGUUGCACUCACAAAAAAUCCCCACCUCGGCCUUUGAACAAUAAUUCCAAAGACAGGGGGCAAAGCCAACUGAAGAUACAUUCCAAAAAAAAAAACCGCCAGUAUUUUCGAACAAGACUUCACUAGCAAAAAGGAUCCGGAUAAUAGUGGUUGUUAACCCAUCAAGUCAAUCACAUACUCUGGGGGCAAAAGCCAAAAUCCCUCUACAAGAAAUUUUAUACGGAUAAUGUCAAGAUUUCAUAUACUCGCCACCCAUCUGAAUAAACUACACCUCAAGAACAGGGAGACUCGUAUCCUCAAGGUCAUAUCGGACAAAAUCCUCUUUCAUGAGAGACUGAAAAUAUCUGCGACGAAUCCAUAUGGAGACCUCCUAAAUCAUUCAUACCAAGGGCUUCCAUAUUUGAGUAAAUCUUCACAAGGAAC